AUGAGUGUUUUAUGCAUUGGCUACAAAACGAGUAGAGACUCCACCGUACAGCACUUGAGACACGAUAUUUCGAUAGCCAUAUGUCCUGGUAUCUGCAACACAUCAGAGUCCGUGUAUAUACGAACCUUUGUUCAUUGGGCUCAGUACCAUGGCUACAGAUGCGCCGUUUUGAACCACGUGGGAGCCCUCCCCAAGGUACCAGUAACGGCUCCGCGAAUUUUUAGUUACGGAAAUACAGAUGACUUCCACGCUAUGCUCCUGAAUUUGAUCAAUCGUCAUCCGAACACAAAACUAGUCUGCGUUGGAUUUAGCCUAGGUGGCAAUUUAGUUACAAAAUAUUUAGGAGAACUAGAAAAAGUAAAACAUCCCAAUAUUAUCGGCGGAAUAUCGAUAUGUCAAGGAUACGACGCUAUUGAGGGUACAAAGUGGCUCCUGAAUUGGCAGAACUUCCGUCGUUUCUACCUGUACGUCAUGACCGAAAAUCUAAAAAAUAUCAUUCUGAGACACAGCAAAGUAUUAUUGAGCGAGGAAAUUAAACAGAAGUUUCAACUUGUUGAGAACGAGAUCAUUUCUGCUGCGACACUGCCUGAACUAGACGAAGCCUAUACUAGAAAGAUACACGGAUUCAGCACAAUUACUGAGCUAUACAGAUGGAGUUCGAGUGGCAAUUAUUUGUCAAAUAUUGAGAAACCGAUUAUUUUUGUCAACGCGAAAGAUGAUCCGAUUGUGCCCGAACCGUUGUUGGAACCUAUAAGAAGCGUUGCAGCUGAAAAACCGAACGUGCUUUACAUCGAGCUGGCCCACGGCGGCCACCUCGGCUUCUACGAGGGAGGUUUGAUCUACCCCAACCCGGUAACAUGGUUGGAUCGCACCCUGGUCGCUCUAAUCGGAAGCCUGGCCCUACACUACGACGACAAAAUCGUCAAAACGAGGGCGAGCCUGAGCAUUUAACCGUCUUUGUUUUCCUGUAUGUAUUAUUUUUCCUUGCAUUAUUAAACCGAAGGCACAAGCUAGCCAAUAAUCAACAAGUCUUCGCGCCUUCGACUGUGUGUCUAAUAAAUAUGAAGUUGUCGAGUGGACAGAGUAUUCGGUACUCCAGAAACAGUGAUCUCUGUAUUUUUUGUUCUUUUUUAUAGAUAAGUAUCGCGAUAUACUGGUGGGUAUCUGUUUCCGUAUUAAUGAAAAAAGAAUUAACUUGCAUAGAUCUAAAAAGGAACUAAUGCAUUUAAAGGGGCAUUCCAAGGUUCUCGUGCAUUUAUUCUUCUUUUUGUGUUAGUACAUCGCGAGAGAAUAGAGGCGUUUCAGUUACAGUUUCAUACUAUAGGCUAAUUCUACGAUAGUAAAGUAAGGUAAUUAUUGGGAAAACUGGAAAUCGUCCGAUUUUCACCAAGAUUGGUAUACAGAAUUUUUCUU